CCGGAACCGGGGGACUGAAAACGGGUUGCGCCAAGCCCAGGGCGCCGUUGGCCGGCGUGGGGCUGAGACUGGGGCCCCCCCGGGGAUCGGGCCCGCAUGGCCUCCUCGGGCCCCCCCGGCUCCUGCUGCUCCCACGGGCCGGCCGUGCCCGGCGUGCACCAGACCGCGGCGGAGAUGGGCUUCGGGGGGGGGGUCUGGUCGGCUGCCCUGGACGGGGACCUGGGGCGGGUCCGGAAGCUGCUGGUGGAGAAGCGGGUGGAUCCCAGCGAGCCCGACCUGGCUGGCUACACCGCCCUGCACUAUGCCAGCCGCAAUGGGCACGGCGCCGUCUGCCAGUUCCUGCUGCAGAGUGGGGCCCGGUGCAACGCCCAGACCCACGGCGGGGCCACUGCCCUGCACCGAGCCAGCUACUGUGGCCACGUGGACGUGGCCAGGCUGCUGCUGGCCCACGGAGCCGACCCCGGCAUCGCGGAUGACGAUGGCAUGACAAGUUUGCAUAAGGCCGCCGAGGGAGGCCACCGUGAGCUCUGUGAGCUCUUGCUGCAGCACAGCCCGGGACUGAAGGGCAUCCAGGACAGGAGGGCCAGGAGAGCAUGUGACCUGGUCCCCAGCAGCGGCGCCUUGCGGGACCUCCUGGAGACCUGAGAGCAGCACGCGGGGAGGGGGGUGGCCCUGUGCCAGGGUGCGCUGGGCUUUGUCUCCCCCUCUUGGCCUGCGGCGGGAUUGCAGCACCCUGGG